AUGGCAGCGGCUGCAAAACAACGUCUCAUGAAUGAAUACAAAGGAUUUUCCAAGGAGAAAUGGGUCAAAAUCGAGCUUAAUGAAGAAAGUCUUUUCAAAUGGACUAUCGGACUGAUUGUUAUCAAUUCUGAGAGUGCGUUCGACGGUGCAUACUUGAAGGCGGAGAUGAGCUUCACUGAUAAGUAUCCUUAUUUCCCACCAACGUUUAGGUUUCUACGGCCCAUUCAUCAUCCAAAUAUCUAUCCUGAUGGCAAAGUCUGCAUCUCAAUAUUACACGCUGCUGGCGAAGAUGAGCAAUCAGGGGAGCUGGCCUGUGAACGUUGGUCUUCUGUACAGAGCGUAGAGAGCGUUCUCCGCUCCAUUCUUCUACUCCUUGACGAUCCGGAGAUAACUUCCUCAGCUAAUGUUGAUGCCGGUGUUAUGUAUCGGGACAACAAGGUUGCUUACUGGAAAAAGGCUGCAGAAACAGUAAAAAUAUCUAAGAAAGAUAUACCCGAAGGAUUUAUUAUGCCAAAGACAUUAAAUGAGACACCACCACCUCCUAUUAUUGAUGAUGACGAUUUUUGGAAUGAAGGUGAAGAACAGGAUGAUUUUGGCGCAAGCGAUAGCUCGGAAGAAGAUAAUUUUGACGAUGAAAUAGAUGAUGAAGAAGAUGAUCACGAGUAA